UAAUCCGAGAUUCCUCUGACUCUAACCCCCGCUUUUAUAUUGUGACAUGUGCGGGGGAGAGUCAGAGCGGACUCCAUAUUGAAAAGUGGGAAUUCAGCGACACCAGCUGGUGUCGCUGCUUUACCUACCUCUUACAACUUUAUUUCGCGGACCCAUCUUCCAAGACGCGAGGAUUCAGUUAUCGGAAGAUUAGUCUACAAAUACAUCAUGAUUAAUACGAUGCUAUCGCCGUUUAAACGGCCCUAUCGCCGACAAAUGAAGCAUCACUUCGAAUUAGGUCGCCUCCUCGCCAUUCGAUUUCUUUGCGCAUGACGUCAGCACACAAACACACAAAAUUCCAAUUGGGGUCAAACGACCACGUGACCAAAACAACGUGUGGAGAUUUCACGGCUGAAACUGGUGAUGCUGCCAAAAUUGUGUUCAUAUGGGCAUCGGAGCCAUUUUCGGCAGUUGCAUUCCUUAUCAAUAAAUAAAUGAAACAUUGCUCUCUUGUUUUCUAUGCUCUGUUACAACACUUUCAUUUAUUUUUUAAAAGAAAUAUACCAUAUAUAUCUCAAUAUAUCUUAAUUAUAAGCAAAAACAUUUGUUUCUUUUAACCCAAUUUAAACUUUUUCUCUGUUCAAUCUAUUUUUGGAAAUCAGAGGCAUGAAAGAUGGAUGCCUGCUGUUGCUGCAAUGCACCUUUUGAAGAAAAAAAGUGGGGGUUUUAAAAGGGUGGGUUUGUUUACAAAAUUCAAAGGUGGGCAAAGUGCUGCAGAGUCUCUAGAAAAAAUAACAGCUAGCAAAUUUACACCAUGCAAGGACAAAUUCAUCUGUAAUGAAUGCAGUCUGACUGUCAAGUCUUUAGACACUAAGAAAACUCAGCUGGAAGAGGUAGAGGUAAAGUUUAGAAAAAUGAAGCAGCCUGGAAGUUAUAUUUCUACAAAAAUCAUAGCCUCCCCUAGUCACCGUAGGACCCCCAAAAAAGUCAAAGUGGUUUCCACUCCUGUGAAACGCACUCCAAAAGCCUCUCUAAAGGACAAGAUAACAUUGCAUGUCAAUGACACAGCUGUUGGAAAAGGUGUACACCUAGUGAGCUUGUCAAAGUAUCGAAGUGGGUUUCGCAAAUUGUAUAAAGCUAGCAAAGUUGCAAAAUCCUCUUCAGUGCAUGUGAUGUGUGACAUCAUUAGACAAGAGAUUUCUGCAUUCUCAAAGUUAAUGGGUAAUGAAAAUAAGAGAGACUUGUCAUCAGUUCUUAACUUCAGCUGGUACAGAAUAAUCAGUGCAGCUAAGAAGCUCUGUCCUACGCUAUUAACUUUUAUUACUGCUGCAGUUACUAAAAAGCACUAUCAAAAAACUGCCACCAAAAAGAAGGGGAAAAAAAUUGUGUCACUUUUUCCAAUCAUUGGAUCAGUUCUAUGUAUAUUUGGAUAUGUGAAAUCCAAACACUGCAGUUUGCUCCAACAGAUGGUGUCUUUAAUGAUGUGGCUAGGUGGCUGUAAAAUGUGUUUGCAAGUUUCAACAAUCUUGGUUGGUGUCAAAGCAUUGACACAACCAAGUCUACCAUUGACAACUUCCGAACAGGUUACGACUCCAAAGUAUUAGCAUGGAGAGAUAGAGUCUCUGAAGAAAUUGCAUCAGACGAUGACCCAUUUGAUGAGAGUGUGCAGAGCUUUACUUUACAAGAUCUGGAAGGUUUGUGGGAGAGUGAAUCUGAUGAAGAUGCUCAACAGGAAAGUAGUAUUUCCGACAUUCAAGAUGAUGAUUUGGAUUCUCUCUCAUCUGUUGCAGAAAUAAGUCCAGAGGAAACACCCUGUGGAUCUGAAUCUGACAUGGAUGACAUUAUGUCAGAAAAUCCUCCCUAUGAAGUAAAGAGGGACUUGAUUUACUAUGACCUGACAUUUGAUAAUAUCAAUCAAAAAAUUGGAGUAAGACACCAUGUACGUGGCAAAAAGAAUCAAGUUUUAAACAUGGUGCAAACACACGCAACAUUGGAGAGAGUAGGAAGUGAAGGACUAUCAAAUGAAAUGCCAUCAUCAGAUACUAUAAAGAACAUCCCAGUUGCAGAAUUGUUGCCCUCUGAAGAUGAUGAACAAGUGCUCCACCGGGAGCUCACCAUCCUAGUGUCAAGGAUUCUGACAACAUAUGUUCCUGCAUUUUCUGGUCUUAAUGUCCAGUGGUCUAUUCCUCAUCAGUAUUCUGCACAAUCAGCAUUAAAAAGUGAAAUUGUUCCAUUAGGCAUCCUGAAUAAAGAUGAGUCCACAACAGCAGGCAUGAUUGAGAUUUUAGAGAAUUAUAUUAAGUAUGUGCCUAGAAAGAGGGAUGAAGUGCCUUUUCCUUUAGUCCUUUUUUGUGAUGGCCUCAGCUGCGAGAGAGUGGAAGGGGCUCAGAGAGCAAGAAUUAAUGGUGAAGAUAGUUGGGACAGACUGGAUAUGUUUGAGCCUGCUAUCCAGGAAUGGCAUCGCCGUUUAAUGUACUUACAGGACACAUAUGAUGAGCUUUUCAGCUUUGAGAGCCACCGUGAGAAAGGCACUUUGUACAACCUAAAACAAGUAUUCGACCACAAAAAUGUCACCAAAAACAUGAUGGACUGUUUUGACAAAGCUGAAGAACUAUUAGAUUUUGCAACCAUUGGGUAUACAGUUUUGUUAUACAUGGAAUUAACAAACAUAGCUGAAACUAAUGAGAUCCCGAAGGAUUUUCCAUCAUUCAUGAUCGAGAAAGAGAAAUUCAGAGAUGACAUUAGUCGCAGAAUUAUUGACAAAAUCUUCUGCAGUCCAAAUACCAAACAGGUCCUGAAUGUGUCUGUUGACCAUACAGCUGACAGCAGUCAAUACUGUAUCUGUAAACUUGAUGUUGGUGGUACAAUGGUGUACUGUAACAAUCGAAAUUGUGAAAAGGGUACCUGGUUUCAUCUUGAAUGUUUAGGAAUGGAAGAGGAUGAUGUUACCGAUGAUGACUGGUUUUGUUCUGAGGAGUGUCGCCAAAAAAGAGGUCGAGGAAAGAAAACUACAGCCGAUAAGUUGAAAGAUUUGAAAAAAGAGUAUGUGGAGAGACUUCUAUGGAGGGGAUUAAACAAUAUGGCCAGGCACGAUGCAGUCAAAGAGAAUGAUGGACCUAGAAUGAUAAUACAUUGGAAAUUCGACAUGUUUGAAUUUUAUGAGAAGAAUCAUCCCAAGUACUUUAUAUUUGGACACAGACUGCUUGCAAAUGUGGCUGGCGCAACAUCAGAACAAAUACAACACCAUCUUAUAUGGGAACGCACAGUCAAUGUAACUGGUGGAAAAAGUAAAAACAUCCCAAAAGAUCUACAUUGUGAACAUUUGAAUAUGCAGUACAAGGAAAAUAGUAGGGAUGCUGGUGGCCAGCUUACAUCAAAUACCAUCAACAGGCACAGUCAGAUGCUAGGAAUUGGCAAGAAUAUUCAGGAUAUUUUCAAUGAGCAAGUUGUUUUUAAACCCUUCCAUACCAGAAAACAUGGUGACAUUGAUAGGCUAGAUGAUAUCAUGCGAAUGAUCAAGACUCUGCAACCACUACGCUACUUUAAGAGUGAACCAGGAAGGGCUUUCAAGGGAUUUGAAACUUUUACCACAGUAAAUGGGGUUCGAUUUCCAAAGAAAUUUAAAGAACGCCUUUUGCGUCAUUUGAAAAAUAUGGCCAAUGUACGUGAGCUUCAAGAGGACUUGUGAAUUACAGAAUCAGUAUUUAGAGUUUGGAU